UUCGCAGCUUUCGUCGUUUUUGAAUCAAAAGGGUAAGAAGCUAGCCAAGACUCAUGGGAGAAGUAGUACCCAUUGAAGACGAUUCAACGCAAGAGCCACUGCAAAUCAUCACGGUCAGAUCCAGCUCUAUUAAGGAGACGCCUGGAGUUACUGCGUGCAAUAAUUCUGAUGGUUGCACCACCACGUCACAACGUUCGGGUCAGGGCAUCAGUCUUAGGGAACUUGAAUCUUGGCUGCCUAUUACCGAGUCGAGAAAUGGCAACACAUUCUCUGCAACGUGCCAUCUUUUGUGUUCAGGUAUAGGGUACCAGGCCCUUUUGCUUCCUGUCGCUUUUGCAGCUCUUGGAUGGGCAUGGGGGAUCAUAUGUUUGUCCAUUGCAUUCAUGUGGCAACUCUACACUAUAUGGCUUCUUGUCAAUCUUCAUGAACCUGUUCCUGGAACCCGCUACAGCAGACUCGUCCGCCUCUCGAUCUUUGCUUUUGGUCAAAAGCUUGGGAAGUUGGUGGCAAUCUUCCCAGCUAUGUAUCUAUCAGGAGGCUAUUGUGUUUUGCUCAUAAUCACAGGAGGAGGGACCAUGGAAAAACUUUUCAAGAUCUUCUGUAGGGAAGGGACCAGUUGUGAAUCCAAGUCAUUGACUGGUACAGAAUGGUUUCUCAUAUUUACUUGCGCAGCUCUUAUCAUUGGUCAGUUACCCAAUUUAAAUUCAAUAGCUAGAGUCUCCCUAAUUGGUGCCAUUGCUGCGAUUGGAUACUGUACUUUGAUAUGGGUUCUAUCAAUCAGCAAGGGUAGGCUUAAUGCUGUUUCUUACAGCAGACCAAAUGAUGCAGAAACUGGUAUGACUGGAUUUGGUAACAUCUUGAAUGCCAUUGGCAUCAUUAUGCUUGCAUUCAAAGGUCACAAUCUUAUUCUUGAGAUACAGGGGACAUUGCCUUCGACUUCGAGUUCAAACCACCCAUCUCGGAAGUCUAUGUGGAGAGGAGUAAUGGUGUCAUACAUAAUAAUAGCAACGUGUUUAUUUCCACUUGCUAUAGCUGGAUUUUGGGCUUAUGGAAACAAGAUUCCUGCAAAUGGAGGGAUUCUAACUGCAUUUUCACAAUUUCACAGACAAGACACUUCAAAAUUUGUGAUAGGCCUAAUCUACUUAUUGCUAAUUAUAAGUUGCUUGAGUUCAUACCAAAUCUAUGCGAUGCCUGUUUUCGACAACUUACAAUUCAUUUAUGUCACCAUUAAAAAAAGGCGAUGUCCAGGGUGGGUUCGGGCAGGAUUACGCCUUUUCUUUGGAGGAUUCACAUUCUUCAUAGCUGUGGCUUUUCCCUUCUUGGGAAGCUUGGCACCUGUUGUUGGAGGGAUGGCAGCAGUACCUUUGACGUUUGCUUAUCCAUGUUUCAUGUGGAUUUCAAUCAAAAGACCUCGGGCAAAUGGUGCCAUGUGGAGUCUGAACUUGGGACUUGGUUGCUUUGGCAUUGUGCUGAGCAUUUUGUUAGUAGUUGCUGCUGUAUGGAACUUGGCUGACAAAGGCUUAAAUGCCAACUUCUUCAGGCCUUAAUGACAGAUUCAAAAGAAAAAAAGAAAAAUAUGCAGUCGGAGCAAGAAAGAUCGAGUCAUGUGUAUAUUUAUGAAUAAAUUCUUUUUAUUUACCUUCUACAUGAUAAUCAUCACCAUUGAACAUCAGAACUUCAGUUGUAGAAUGCGCACUGCUUGAAAAGUCAUGCUGACAAAUGGACCACCAUGAAUAUGCAUGAUGC